AAAGCGAGCGUGUAUCAUGUGACAGGGGCACUUUGUACGAGACGUGCUAAAGACACACACAAAAACACGCGCAAAGUGGGUGAGCUACGUUGCGUGUCGCAGACUUUUUCUUGUUCUCAUGUGCGUGACGCCGAGCAGUACUCACUUCCCGCCGGACUAAAGCCUUGAAAAGUUCUUGUUCAGCAAGUAGACGGAUCCCGUUUCAUCUAAAAGGAGUGGUGCUGCGGCAGCCAUGCUGAUGUAUGAUUACCCCCUGAAGACAGACAUGGACACGUCCUUCUACGCAUCGCUGGUGAAGAGCCCCGACCCGUACGGCGUCAUCUUCUCCCACCCGGCCCAGCUCUACCACCAAAGCCACAUGCAGGCCCUGGCCCAGUCCCACGGCCAGCUGGAGCCCGUGGACCUGUCCGUCAGCAAGCGAUCGUCCUCCUCCUCGCCGCUGUCCUCCUCCGCCUCCUCCCCGGCGUCCUCGCGCAGCUCCCCACCGUCCCCCUACAGCGCGGCGAGCCGCACGUCCCCGCGCUGCUCCCCCCCACUGGGCCGGCGACACCCCUCGCCGCCCCACGCCCUCCCGCCGCCUGCCUCCCCGCUGCCGUACCCGACCAUGGUGGCUCCUCUGAUGGGCUCCGGCCCCGGGGUAAUCCAGAGUUCGGGAGGGGUCAUGGUGUCUCCAGUCAUGGUGCCUCUGUCCGUCCUCUACUCCUCCCCUCUGCACCUGCACCAGCCCAUAAUGAUGACCACGCCUGUUACCGCCGCCGCCGACGACCACCACCACCAUCAUCAUCAUCAUCAUCAUCGAAGCAGAGAGCACAAGACAGUUCCGCCGAGCCAGGCUUUUGACGGGCGAGGCGAUGCCCACGACCUGCACAGGCCAAUCAAAGCAGAGCCUCGCUCCGAGCUGAUCCAGGAGCAGCACGACAUGAAGUCAGCAGUCAUCAGAAUACCACAGGACUACGAGUGCAACAACAACCCGUCCGUCAUCGUCCGCUCGGGUGCUCAGCAUCCUCUCCCGGCCGACUCCCCUGACACCAUGAAGAAGAGGAGAAUCCACCGCUGCGACUUCACGGGCUGUAACAAAAUCUACACCAAGAGUUCUCACCUCAAAGCGCACCGCAGGACACACACAGGCGAGAAGCCGUACAAGUGCAUGUGGGAAGGAUGCACGUGGAAGUUCGCCCGGUCGGACGAGCUGACGCGACACUUCCGCAAGCACACGGGAGUGAAACCCUUCCAGUGUCCCGACUGCGAGCGCAGCUUCUCCCGCUCCGACCACCUGGCCCUGCACAAGAAGCGCCACCUGCUGGUGUGAGGGGCCCGGAACCUUCCGCCUCCACCGCUCGGACUUGUACACAUAUGGCUCAGCUUCUCCAAACACCUUCAUCACACAUCUUCACCUGGUGGGGGGGGGGGGG